UCCCGCCCACUUGCUUUCAUAACCUUCCCCAGCUCCCGCUAUUCCUCUUUGAUAUUGGAACCUCUUCAUUCACUCAAAUGGCUGAAGAAAGUUGUCAGGAAUAUGACCUUGGUAAUGUGUACGACGCAGACAAUGUGCAUGUGGCAGAGGGUGCACAUAAAAUGGAUAAUAUUCAAGAAACGGACAAUGCGCAUUUGAGCAGCUUGCCUUUAGAAGAGGUACAAGUUGAGUCCCUUCAGGGAUGUGAGAUAAAAUUGGAACCAGAAGAGGUACAAGUUGUGUCCCUUGGGGGAGAUCCGAUAAAAUUAGAGGCAGAAGAGGUACAAGAUGCGUCCCUUCAGGGACAUUCAAUAAAAUUGGAAUCAGAAGAGGUACAAGUUGUGUCCCUUGGGGGAGAUCCGAUAAAAUUAGAGGCAGAAGAGGUACAAGAUGCGUCCCUUCAGGGACAUUCAAUAAAAUUGGAAUCAGAAGAGGUACAAGUUGUUGAAAACGGUUCAGGAGGCGGUGAGGAAAAAAGGUGGCCUGGUUGGCCUGGAGAAAAUGUCUUCAGAAUGUUAGUUCCUUCCAAGAAGGUUGGUGGCAUCAUUGGCCGCAAAGGAGAGUAUAUAAAAAAAACUUGCGAAGAAACAAAAGCUCGCAUUAAGAUCCUUGAUGGUCCUCCUGGGUCUACAGAAAGAGCUGUGAUGAUAUCUGCGAAGGAAGAGCCUAGCCUCUCUAUUCCACCUGCUAUGGAUGGCCUUUUGAAGGUCCAUAAGCGGAUUAUUGAUGUGGAUCAUGACUCCACCAAUACUCCUUCUGGUGCUGGGAAACCAGUUUCUACUAGACUACUUGUGGCUGCUACACAGGCUGCUAUCUUGAUUGGAAAGCAGGGUGCAACCGUUAAGUCUAUUCAAGACGAAUCUCAUUGCACUAUUCGAAUUCUUGGAGGAGAGCAUCUCCCCAUGUUUGCCCUGCCUGAUGAUAGUAUCGUUGAGAUACAAGGGGAGCCAGCAGGCGUGCAUAAAGCAGUUGAAAUGAUUGCAACUCAUCUGAGGAAAUUUUUAGUUGAUCGCAGUGUAAUUGGAGUAUUUGAGAAACUUAUGCAAAUGCCGAAUGCUCGUGCACACCAGAAUAUGCCCCCGCCCGGGCCUACUGAACCUUGGGGUCCACCUCCAUCCAGUUUUCCCAUGAGUGUUGGGGGACCUGGAUUUGGAGCCAACCCCCAGUAUAUGGCGCCACCACGGCAAUUUGACAAUUAUUUUCCACGAGGGGACAUGCCUCUAGAUAUGCAACCUCAUCCGGGCCCCCUUUACGGCAGAGAUGCUUCAGUGGGAUCUCAUGCAAAUGUGCAACCACAACAAUCCAUAGUUUCAAAGGUCACACAAAACAUCCAAAUUCCUUUGUCAUAUGCUGAUGCCGUUAUUGGGGCUUCUGGUUCGAAUAUUAGUUAUAUUCGUCGGACAAGUGGUGCAACUAUUGCAGUGCAGGAAACAAGGGGUGUUCCUGGUGAGAUGACUGUUGAGAUAAAUGGUUCGGCAUCACAAGUCCAAACAGCACAGCAAUUAAUUCAGAAUUCCAUCGCCGACGCUACCAACUCAAUGCAGAAUGCUGCUGCUGGACCACCUUCCCAAGGUUAUAAUCCUUAUCCUUCUCAGGUUCCUGUGUACCCUUCACAGUCUAGUGCCACUGGUCAUGCUGGCCAGGCGUCAGCUGCAGAUUAUGGUUCUGUUUAUGGAGGCAGCUACGGUUAUUGAAGGAUAUAUCCAGCUCAAACAAGUCAUGCCUGCUAUCACAAGAACUACGAGUCUUCAGCUACUGGGAAAUUUUAGCUUUAGUUAGCUGUAUAAUGAUUUCUAGUCUAGCUGUUGAGAAAUGAAUUGCUGGGUUUGCCUUCUAGUAACCUGUUUGUCCUAUUUAAUUUCUGGUCUUCUGCACUCUCAAUAUUGCUAUAACACUUGUUAAUUUGACGGUGUACUGUUUGACCAAUAUAACUAGUGAAAUUAAAUUAAAAACUAUUUGCAGGCGCUUGUCUGGCAAUUA